CCACACAAGCAGUUUCCCUGACUGAUCGGAACAACAAACCGAACGGAGCAAGCGGGGAAAGAGUGUGUCCAAAACCGCCUCUGACCGCCACUUUCAAACUACAUCCAUGAAAUAGCUGCGAAUUUCAACUUUAACGCCACUGGAGUUCAUCUAAUUCGUCAAAAAGUGCUCAUAAAUAAUCCGGGGACGUCCCUGACAACCGGGUGUAUGAGACCGUUGUCCUGUGUGUAUGAAGACAAAGCCCUUGACAAGUUGAAGUGGACCAGAAGAUGUUAAAGAAAUGAUAGCUGCACCGGAGUUACACACAGAGUUUCAUUUCGCUCAGGACACUGACACACGGUUCUCAUCAGACACUGAUUUUGAUGAUCCCGAUGGUCGAAAUGCUGUUAUUGGUAAAGGGAAGGCGAGGAAAGGUAAGAAGGGCCCUGGAGAGAAGGGCAAAGGAGUGGCGAAAGGUGCCGGGCGCAUGAACGGACACCACCAGGAGAAUGGCAUGGAAAAUGUCAUGCUUUUCGAAGUGGUCAGGCUGGGCAAGAGUGCCAUGCAGUCGGUCGUUGACGACUGGAUCGAGGCCUAUAAACACGACAGAGAUGUUGCGCUCCUCGAUUUGAUCAAUUUCUUCAUCCAGUGCUCUGGCUGCAAAGGCAUUAUCACGAGUGAGAUGUUUCGGAACAUGCAGAACUCCGAGAUCAUCCGGAAGAUGACAGAAGAGUUUGAUGAGGACAGUGGAGAUUACCCGCUCACCAUGGCCGGUCCACAGUGGAAGAAGUUCAAGUCUAGUUUUUGCGAGUUCAUCGGUGUGCUGGUACGACAGUGUCAGUACAGCAUCAUCUAUGACGAGUACAUGAUGGACACGGUCAUCUCGCUACUCACCGGCCUCUCUGACUCUCAAGUCCGAGCUUUCAGACACACUAGCACACUGGCAGCCAUGAAGCUGAUGACGGCCCUCGUGAAUGUAGCAUUGAACCUCAGCAUCAACAUGGACAACACUCAGCGGCAGUAUGAGGCGGAGAGGAACAAGAUGAUCGGCAAGAGGGCCAACGACAGGCUAGAGCUUCUCCUUCAGAAACGCAAGGAGUUACAAGAAAAUCAGGAUGAAAUUGAAAACAUGAUGAACGCCAUUUUCAAGGGUGUCUUUGUUCAUCGAUAUCGCGAUGCGAUAGCAGAGAUCCGGGCGAUCUGCAUUGAGGAGAUUGGUGUGUGGAUGAAAAUGUACAGCGAUGCUUUUCUUAAUGACAGUUAUCUUAAAUAUGUGGGCUGGACCAUGCAUGACAAGCAAGGUGAGGUGCGUCUCAAGUGUCUGACGGCACUGCAGGGUCUGUACUAUAACCGUGAGCUCAAUGCCAAGCUGGAGCUCUUCACCAGCCGCUUCAAGGACCGCAUUGUGUCCAUGACGCUGGACAAGGAAUAUGACGUUGCAGUUCAAGCAAUAAAACUGCUCACGUUGGUUUUACAUAGCAGCGAUGAAGUACUGACUGCAGAGGACUGUGAAAGUGUGUACCAUCUAGUGUACUCGGCCCACCGACCUGUCGCUGUGGCAGCGGGAGAGUUUCUCUUUAAGAAACUGUUUAGUCAUCGAGACCCAGAGGACGACAGCAUGCCCAAGCGACGAGGCAGACAGAGCGUGAAUGCCAAUCUUAUCAAAACCACUGUCUUUUUCUUCCUGGAAAGCGAGCUUCACGAGCAUGCUGCCUACCUAGUGGACAGCAUGUGGGAUUGUGCAGCAGAGAUCUUGAAGGACUGGGAGUGCAUGAUCAGUCUACUUCUGGAUGAGCCACUUCCUGGAGAGGAAGCUCUGACAGACAGGCAGGAGACGGCUCUCAUAGAGAUCAUGCUGUGCACCAUCCGUCAGGCUGCAGAGUGCCAUCCGCCAGUGGGAAGAGGCACGGGCAAGAGGGUUCUGACGGCAAAGGAGAAGAAAACUCAGCUUGAUGACCGGACGAGGAUGACAGAGAUCUUUGCGAUAGCACUGCCAGCUUUACUUGCAAAGUACUCUGUUGAUGCCGAGAAAUUGACAAACCUGCUCCAGCUUCCCCAGUUCUUUGAUCUGGAGAUCUACACCACAGGCCGUUUGGAAAAGCACCUGGAUUCAUUGUUAAGACAAAUCAGAGAGAUUGUGGAGAAGCACACAGACACGGAUGUGCUGGAGGCCUGCUCCAAAACCUACCACUCGCUCUGCAACGAGGAGUUCACCAUCUUUAAUCGGGUGGAUAUCGCCCGCAGCCAGCUCCUGGAUGAAUUAGUGGACAAGUUUAACAGGCUUCUAGAGGACUUCCUGCAGGAGGGUGAAGAAACAGAUGAAGAUGAUGCUUACCAAGUUCUGUCCACACUGAAGAGGAUCACUGCUUUCCACAAUGCUCAUGACCUGUCUAAAUGGGAUCUCUUUACCAGCAAUUACAAGUUACUAAACACUGGUAUUGAAAACGGUGACAUGCCUGAGCAGAUUGUCAUCCAUGCUCUGCAAUGCACACAUUACGUCAUUCUCUGGCACUUAGCGAAGGUCUCCGAGGGGACUUCUAAAAAGGAGGAUAUGUUGACUUUGAGGAAGCAAAUGAGGGCAUUUUGUCUCAUGUGCCUGCGUUACCUAACAAGCGUCAACACUGCCGUCAAAGAACAGGCCUUUACCAUCCUCUGUGAUCUGCUGAUGAUCUUCAGUCAUCAGAUAAUGGCAGGUGGUAGAGAAGCCCUAGAGCCCCUAGUAUACACACCCGAUGCGUCUCUGCAGUCCGAGCUUCUCAGUUUCAUUCUGGACCACGUAUUUAUUGACCAGGAUGAAGACAACAACAGCACAGAUGGACAGCAGGAUGAUGAAGCAGGAAAAAUCGAAGCUUUGCACAAGAGGCGAAACCUUCUGGCGGCGUACUGCAAACUCAUUAUUUACAAUGUGGUUGAGAUGAACACUGGUGCAGAUAUAUUUAAGCAGUAUAUGAGGUAUUACAAUGACUAUGGUGAUAUCAUCAAGGAAACAAUGAGUAAGACGAGACAGAUCGACAAAAUCCAGUGUGCCAAGACCCUCAUUUUGAGCUUACAGCAGCUAUUCAAUGAAAUGCUAUCAGAUCUGGGUCCCAGCUUUGACCGUUCAGCCUCGGCUUUUUGUGGCAUUAAAGAGCUCGCUCGUCGUUUCUCUCUGACCUUCGGCCUGGAUCAGGUCAAGACCAGAGAGGCCAUCGCCAUGUUACACAAGGAUGGUAUCGAGUUUGCCUUUAAAGAGCCGAAUCCUCAAGGUGAGGGAUAUCCUCCCCUCAACCUGGCAUUUUUGGACAUUCUCAGCGAGUUCUCAUCCAAACUCAUGCGUCAGGACAAGCGGACCGUGCACAUGUAUUUGGAGCGCUUCAUGACAUUUCAGAUGGCCCUGCAGAGGGAGGACUGCUGGCUGCCGCUCAUCUCCUAUAGGAACUCACUGCAGGCAGGGGGUGAUGAUGACACCAUGUCCGUGAUCAGUGGCAUCAGCAGUCGCAGCUCCUCUGUCAGGAGCAAAAAGGCUAAGCCUGCCACUAGCAAGAGAAAAGUACCUGAAGAGGAGAGCAGCAGUAGCAGCACUGAGAUGUGGAUGAACCGUGAGCAGAGCAUGCAGACGCCGGUCAUGAUGCCAUCACCUCACCUCACGUCCACCAUCAUGAGAGAACCCAAACGCCUGCGGCACGAAGAGAGCUACAUGGGUGUGUACACCAUGACUCCUGAUCAGCAGCAGCAGCAUUCGCACCCUCCCACUCCACAGCCACAACAUCACCAGACACCCAUGGACUACAACACACAAGUCACUUGGAUGCUAGCACAGAGACAGCAGCAAGAGGAGGUGGCCAGGCAGCAUCAGGAGAGAGUCAUGAACUACGCCAAAUUAAGGACCAACCUUCAGCAUGCCAUUCGACGAGGGACGGGCCUAAUGGAAGAUGAUGAAGAGCCCAUUGUGGAAGAUGUCAUGAUGUCAUCAGAAGGCCGGAUCGAGGAUCUCAAUGAAGGGAUGGACUUUGACACCAUGGAUAUUGAUCUGCCCCCAUCGAAGAAUCGACGAGAGCGAUCAGAACUGAAGCCCGACUUUUUCGACCCAUCCUCCAUUAUGGAUGAGUCUGUAAGAAGCACUCAUUUCCUGGGUUAUGAUGCUUUUCAGCGGUAAUGGGGACUCGUUCACUCCACCUAUAAGGAGGUGAAAGAGAGACCACCACUAGAUGGCACUAGCAGGAGUGAUUUCACAUAGUUGAAUUGCCCUUUUGCUAAAGAAAAUAAGAAAGAGAGAGAGAGAGAGAGGGAGAGCAUAAUACUUCUAAUCAGACCCAUCUGGACUGAUGAUUAAAUUUAAACAUCUUAUAAGUAACCUUAAACACUGAACUGAAUUUGAACAUUUUCUCUUGUAGGUCCUGGGAGUGCCCAUGUUUUAAGAUUAGAAUUGGAGGAGUGUGAAGAGAAGAGACAUUUUGUGUGAAUUCAGAUUGAUUCUCUAAAGAGAAUUAAAUUCAAUGGAGCGAUUGGCAUCCAAAUCGGCUUUUACCAUUGACACUUGCUAAAACAGAAAGGAAAACG